UAGUCACUCUUGUGCUACUGCAAGCAUUCUGCAAUCAGAUAGUGCUGCAGUAGACCUUGGUCUGUGCAGUCGGGGGGAGAAGAGACAACUUCCCCCAGCAGAUGUGGAUGGUCGACUGUCCUGUGUCUCUUCAGACCUGUUACUUCCCUCUAAGUUCUUCAUUUUCCCUGACAGAAAGUCAUUUAACUUGCCAGGCUCUCCGAUUUAACCCUCUCCCUUCAGGCCACUGCAAGGUUCUUUUUAAGGUGCCAUGGAAUGAAGAUGUCUUUGGAAAACUUUGUAAUGAAUUCAACCAAAGCAUUAUCCGAGGAGCCUUACAGGAUUGCUUUAGUGACUAUAUACACCAUAGCGCUUUUAGGAGGCAGUGUGGGGAUCUGUCUCAUGAUCAGUGUACUAAAAUCCAACUUGCAAACCAUUACCACCAUAGCGGUCGCCAACCUAUUAGUAGUGCAUUCGAUUUUCCUCCUUGUGGUGCCGUUCCGAAUCUAUUAUUAUGUGAGCGACACAUGGGACUUGGGUCAGGGUUUCUGCAAGAUGGUCAGUCUUUUGAUUCAUGGCCAUUUUUACAUCGCCUUCCUUUUCUACGCAAUCGUUCUAGGGGUCCGUUAUCAUACCUUCUACGCAAUGGUGGACGAGGUGCAGUUCUACAGGAAGCUGCAUGUGGUGCUGGCCAGUCUCACUGUGUGGGCUAUCGGAAUACUCAUAGGCUUCCCCAUGAUCAGUGUCAUAUUUGAGUCGAGCAGAAGUUUCACAGGAAUAAAGUGCUUCAAUUCUGACAUGAAACUUAAGCAAAGCUCUAAAUCUGCGGUAGUGAGAUACUUAAGCAGUGUGCUCAUCAUCGGCACCGUCUUCGCUCUCACCUGCUGCCAGGGGCAGAUUCUGUGGCGCAUCUUUCGGCAAUACGGAGCUGACACACACACUCGGCAGGAGUUUGGAGUGCAGAAAAGAAACCUGUGUUUCCUGCUGGUCAUGAUACUCUGCUUCCUCCCGUACCACUUGUUUCGCUUCUACUACAUUAGCCACUCUGCUGGUUUUGAAAAUACGAAUGAAGUGUUGCUGGGCUUGACGGCACUCAGUUGUUUAGAUACCUUGAUUUUCCUAGGGAGGAACAGGUUAUGUAUAUAGUCUGAAUUUCCAUAAGGGAAAACUGGGGUUUUGCGUUUUUGCUGGAUGUUUUUCCCUACAGUUGACUGGGCCAAUUCAAAAUGGGAAUGAGUCAGCACUGUCAAAUAUUCGAGAAUGUGUAUAAAAUCAAAAAACAAUUGUACAUAUUAUUUAGCAGCAAUAUAAUUAGUUGUGAUUCAUCCAUUCUUUAGUAAGUUUGAUGUCUAUUCAUCUUGAAGUUUACCCUUGCUGUUUUUUGUGAGCCAAUAAUAAUCAUUUUUUAUUUUUGCUCAUUCAUAGUGUAGAGCGUUUGUGAGAGAUUUAACCAAAAUGGGUGAGGUGAACAAGAACUGAAGAAAAUACUCUUUCACUGUAUGGAAAUAUUUUUUGAUUUCAUACCCAACAUGUCGGUGAUCUAUCAGCCCUGCUUUGUGUUUGUUGGCACAACUCGCGGCAUCAAGUGUAAGAAAAUGUGCUCAUGGUUACUGUAAAUUUGUACUGUGUGAGCUUAACCCAGAUAUUUACUGUUUGUUUAUGCCUGUUCCCAUUCUUUAGUUAAUGUGCCUUCCUAUAAAUAUUCUUUCCACAUCUAAUGGACAAUCCACCAAGAGAUUAUAAAAUAUAUGUAUGAUGCAUUUUCCAUUGCAGUCUUUUGAUAUUUAAGUUUCCAGUCUAUCUUAAGAAGGAAUGGGUAACAAAUAAUUCCAAAAUAUUCUAAUUAAUUUCCUCACUUGUAGAUAUAUAUUUUUUAAUUGCCUAUGAUGUCAUCCCCGUCAGCAAGCUCAUCAAAUAACAUUAGAAUGUCAUUAUCUAAAUUGGCCAGUUCUAUCAUUUUUUUUUUAAAAAAAACCUUGUUCAGCUCUGUCAUGACCUGCUCGUCGGCUCCUCAUGUGUGCCACGCCCCCUGCUUACCCACGUGUGUUUCCCGGAUCGUACCCAGCUGUGUCCGUUUACUUUCAAUCAGUCCUGUGUAUUUCAGUCCGUGUCUUACCUGAGUCCUUUGUCCGUCAUUGAUGUCAGUCAGUGUUUGAUGUUUCCUGGACCGUGUCCUGAGAGUAAAUCCCCGUUUGCCCCGAAUUUCCCUGUCUUGCCUGCUUCCUUGACUGCCUGCCCGCACGAUCGCCGCUCUGCCCGCGAGCGCCCGUGACAAGCUCAUUCACUCAGUCUAAAGUUUACUGCCACUGCUUUUGCAUAAGCUCUGCAAGCACACUCAGAGCCAGACGUAAUCAUUUUUGUUCCUGCUAUUGGACUCCCUCAUGGACAACACGGCACAUUUGUGAGAACUUUAACAAAAAUGAGGGAGGAGAAAAAGCAAGUAAUCAUUAAUUUAAUGCAUCAUUAAAUAAAUUCCAAUUGGUGCGGAUUGCUGUCCCCCCCCCAAUUCUCUAGGCAGGUGCCAAUGGCCCAUGGAGCAAGUCUGUCUUCCGAACCCCUCAGGGUCUGUUCCAGUUUACUGUGAUGCCCAUAGAGUGUUACAGUGGUUGGGGAGAAUGAAAGACUCCAACGCUUAUGUGACAAGUUGGUUUUUGUCCAUGUAGCUGUUCCCGUUUCAGGUGAAGUACAGGGUGGGGAAGCGGAACCCCAUCGCCGACUUCUCUGUCUUGCCACCCUAGUGACGAGCCUUCAGAGGGGGGAGGAAAUGUAAAAAUUGGAGUCACUUUUUAAUUUGGGUUGCCUGUGGUGUCUUAAUGUGAAUGUGUUUUGAACUAUGUUUGUCUGGUGGUAAUGGUGGCAUAUGAAUAGUAGCACAUUACAUUUGCAUGGACUACAUUUCCCAUCACCCCCUGCCAACACGCACUCACAAAACAGCAAAUUUCGAACAGUGAGAUACCCACUGCUUCAGCUUCAUCCACCAUCCAUAGAACCACACAAACAUGCACACCACUCUCACAAACUCACUGUUUGCUGCAUUCUCUGAACCGGUAUAUAAGAGGAGGGAGCUAGAGUAAGGGGGUAUUUUUUUUUACUUUGGUGGCCUGGACUCCUUGAAUGCCAGUCUUGGUGAAGUUGGCUGAAGUGAUUUUUUUGUGUAUCUUUGCGUGGUUUGGCCUGCAACUGAGUAAAGCAGAUAAAGCUACAUGUUCUUUUUGGCACCGACGACUGGAGCUGCGCCUUGUUUCUACCCAUCUGCACGUCUGGGUGUUCACAUGCCCUUACUGAGGUGGGGGCUUGUCAAGCCCCCCGCCUCCUAUUUCCAUAGGACCGAACCCAGGACCUUCUUGCUGUGAGGCAGCAUGCCCCUGUUGUGAAAAUAUAAAUGCGAUGCAUAAAUAAAAUUGAACUGAAUUGAAUUUA